AAGCAAUUUGGAAAAAAUAAUUUGGUCAAAAAUAAGAUUAUAAAAUUCUCGUUUUAUUAGUACAAUUAAUAAGAAUAUAAUGACAUAUGCAUAUCUAGAAUAAUGAUGAAUCUUGGUACUGUUGACGAAAUUCUCGAUAAGCUAAAAACAGUUCUGAUUCAAGAUAAUUAUUCGUCGGAAAAUUUAACAACAAUAACAAUAGACUGGGAUGAAGGUGGUGCUGUGAUAAUUGAAUACAAUUCAGAUAAAUCUACAAUUUUAAUUGAAAAGGAAUAUUUUGAAUCCAAAAAUGACUUUUUACAAGAUUUAAUUAACAGUAUUAAAAAGUUUUCAUUGCUCAAUAUCCAUGCCUCUAUCAAAGUCUGUGAUUGUCAGCUUUCUUCCGAACGUCCUUUAUAUGAAACUAAAAGCUGCGAUACAUUUUAUGCAAAAGUCUCUGAAUAUACUGGAUUAAAGAAAACUAUGAUUUUUGAGUUGCUCAUGCCGAUAUUUGAAGCAGAAAUAUACUUUUUUGUUAGACCUGCAAAUCUGGAUGAAAGUUCAUCGAGACUUUUAAUUACAUCAGGUUCAUUCAAUUCAGCUUCGGUUAAUUCUUUAUAUAUAGAAAUGAUAAAUGCUUCCGAACAUUUUGAAAAUGUAUCCUUUCUUGGAAAAAUCAAGAAUUCUGAUCAUCAAAGAUUGAAAAAGAUUGUUGAUGUCGUCGUACGAAACUUACUGGAACUUACUAGUCAGCAAAAUCUUUCUGAAGACAGUUUUGAAUGUAUGAAGAUAGGUUUAAUUGAUUUAACAAAAGGAUUGAUUGAAGAAGACCAGAAAUAUCAUAAAAAUCCUGAUGAUGAAACAUUCUAUGAUAUUAAUACAAGCGAUAUAAUGGAGAUUGAUUUUCCACUUAGUCACUUUUAUGAUCCAGACAUAAAAGGACUUAAAGAAGGUUGGGAUGAAACUGUUGAUGAUGAUAGAUACAUAAAUUUUUCAUACGAUGAAGAAAUAAUGUCUACAUUUUUGGAUUGUCUGCUUCAUGAUAAAAAUGAAAAACCUAUACCAAUAUGGGAUUCAAAGCCUCAAGAACCGGUUGUAGUUGAAAAACUAAAACGUUCAAAAAGUGAAGAUGAUUUACAAAUUGUUUGUGUUACAUCUACUUCAGACUCUUUAGGAAGAAAUACAGGAAAAUGGAAACUAAGACAAAGAAACAAUGGAAAGGUACAACAUCCAGCAACAACAAGAAUGUCUUUAGGAAAUUAUAACAGCAUAAAUCGAGCAACUACAAAGGUAAAGAGCAAUCUGUUUAAUGAUGAAGAAGUUGUAAAAUGGGAAAAAUCAAAGGGAACUGAAGAUAUGAGCAAAUUGAUGUUAUCUACAAGUAAAGAUUAUAAAAACUUGACAGCGUGCUUAGACAAGGACUAUAAAAUUCCCAGAAAAUCAUAUAACGGUCCAAGUCCUCGUCCAUCCAUCCACAACUCAAAAGAUUCAAAAAUGCUUAAACAACAAGCUAAACCAAAUAUGAUGCACAUUUUUCAAAAUCGUGUAGAAAGCAUAGUACCUUACGAUUCACCUUCUGGUCAUCGAAUAACAGGAAAUUCUCCGGAAAGUGUCUCAAACUUCAUUAAUGUCGAAACAAUUCAUGUGAUAGAUGACGACGAAGAUGAUAACAAUAAUAAGCAUAGCACAAUUGAUAAAGCAUUACAAAAAGGUCCUGCCAAAAGAAGAUUACUCUCUAUUUCGCCAAAGAUAUUUAAAAACAGAAGAACUGACUAUAAACCUUACGAUAGUCUCUUCUCUUCUAAUGCCAACAGAAAUUCAACAAGUCGUCGAAAAUUAUAGCUUUUUAGUUCCUUAAUCAUUAUUUAUAAUUCAAAAAUAAACUCAUACAAG